AUGGUUUGGUGUUAUUGCACUAUUUGUGGUGAAAGUGGAAAAAUUGUGAGUACUCAAACAGAAAGAUUGCAUCGACAAGAACAAUUUGGAAGAAUAGAUCAUUCUAUUGAUAAUAGUAACAAAGAAACUAGAGAACCAUUAUUAUCUACUAGUCAAAGCUUUAAUAUAUCAAUGUCAUCUGCUGAAGAUUUAACUACAUUAUUUUUAGCAA